AUGUGCUACCUAUCCUCCCUCACCAACACUGUCUUGCUAAUCGUGAUAUACCGCAACGAUAAUCUCCGUCACGGAUGCGGCAUCCUCAUCAUCCAUUACCUUAUCGCGCGCACAGUAUCCUGCACCUUUGUUUCCGUCUUCAACGGGAUCCUCCAGCAAACGGCCCUACCACCAGUUUACUGCAAAGUCCAGAUGUACUGCCAGUUCUUCCUGCGCUACGCCGCAGAUUGGAUUGAAUCCCUCGUGGCGGUCAACCGCAUGAUGGCCUUAUCCAUGCCCCAUCACUACCGCCGUAUGGCUACAGAAAAGGUCACUAACAUCUCCGCGCUAGCCAUGUGGGUGUUCUCCGCGCUGUGGGCGUUGCCGGGAAGUUUCGAUUUGGGCGUGCAGUAUGUGCGGAAUCCGUACGGAACGUGUGUCUUUGAUCAGCGAGGAAAUUUCGGGCGGAUGUUGUUCUUCAUUGGUUUCUAUCUGCCGUUGCUAAUUGGUGCAGUAUGUUAUGGAGUGAUUUAUGUACAAUUAAUUUGGCGGAAAAUGGCUGGGACGAGUAUUACUGGUGGCAUUACGAGAACGCUGCAUCAACGGCGUGUCCGUAUGGCUAAUACGAUGUUCGCCGCAUUUGUCUGGACGGUGGUGUGCUAUCUGCCGCUGCCGGUUGUGGCGGUUGCCGCACCGACGUCCACGUUUAAAUACCCGCUAAUGCCGAUGUGGUUAUCGUUCGUCCUGUUCUUCGGUUACAUGACAACACCAAUCGUAUUUUGCGCUAUGAAUGCGGAAUACCGGCAAGGAGUAAUUCAGAUGUACACCCGGUCACCUUUCACCCAAAAAGUCCACCCGAUGGAUAUGACGGCCUUCUAUCGUAGCCGCCGGUCGCGAAGUGAAUCCCAGAAAAAGGCCGAUACGGACUUGGAGAGCUGUAUCGGCUUUUAA